AUGAGUCCAGAUGUGCCUCUGCUGAAUGAUUACAAACAGGACUUCUUUCUGAAGCGCUUUCCACAGACUGUUCUGGGAGGCCCUCGACUCAAUUUAGGCUAUUGUGCCCCUCCUUACAUAUAUGUUAAUCAGAUUAUGCUUUUUUUGAUGCCAUGGGCUUUGGGUGGAAUAGGAACACUUUUGUACCAGUUAGGCAUCCUGGAAGACUAUUAUACAGCAGCACUUUCAGGUGGACUAAUGCUUUUCACUGCAUUUGUCAUCCAGUUCACAAGUUUAUACGCCAGAAGCAGAUCCGUGACAGUGGAAAGAAUGCUGACCACAGAUAUCUUAGCAGAGGAAGAUGAGCAUGAAUUUACAAGUUGUGCUGAUGCUGAGACCAUCAAAUUUCUAAUUCCUGGCAAAAAACAUACAGCCAAUACCGUUUUUCAUUCUUUUCUUGCUGGCUUAGUGUGUGGUCUUGGAACAUGGUAUUUGCUUCCGAAUAGAAUAACCCUGCUGUAUAGCAGUGCAGGAGGCACUGUUCUACUAUUUUUCUUUGGAUGGAUGACAUUGUGUAUAGGAGAAUAUUCAUUAAUUGUAAACACAGCUACAGAGACUGCAACUUUCCAAACCCAGGAUACUUAUGAAAUCACUCCUCUUAUGAGACCUCUUUAUAUUUUUUUCUUUGUUUCUAUAGAUCUUGCACACAGGUUUAUGGUAAAUAUACCAGUUCUAGAACAAAUUAAUCAGAUUUUACACAUCUUGUUUAUAUUUUUACCCUUUCUGUGGGCACUCGGGACCCUACCCCCACCUGAUGCACUUUUCUUAUGGGCAAUGGAGCAGGUUUUAGAGUUUGGCCUUGGAGGCUCAUCUAUGUCAACCCACCUACGGUUGUUAAUAAUGUUCAUCAUUUCUACUGGAACAGCUGUAACAUCAUAUUUCAUUCCCAGCACUGUUGGUGUGGUUCUUUUCAUGACUGGACUUGGAUUCUUACUGAGUCUUAACCUAAGUGAGAUGGUUUUUGGCUUCAAACACAGUGUGACCGGACACAGAGUUGGAACCAAAUCUAAGGCUUUACCCAACAGUUUGGAAAAACAGUUUACUUGGAAGGAAUACCUUUUCUACAGCAUUGUAUUAGUCUUGGCUCUCUUAGAAACUGGUUUGUUGCAUCACUUUGCUGGUUUCUCACAGAUUUCCAAAAACAGUCCCCAGGCUAUUGUUGGCUAUAUUUUGAUGAUAUUAUUUAUAAUACUAUGGAUACUUAAAGAAAUUCAAAGUGUCUAUAUAUUUGGAAUUUUCCGGAACCCUAUCUAUCCAAAGCAUGUGCAGACUGUGACUUUGUUCCUAGAGAAGCAAACAAAGCUCAUGAAGAUUGGUGUUCUCAGACGGAUUUUGAUAAAUCUAGUGUCACCUUUUGCUAUGAUAGCAUUUCUUUCAUUGGACAGUUCCUUACAAGGACUCCACUCUGUGUCUGUCUCCAUUGGAUUCACAAGAGCUUUUAGAAUGGUAUGGCAGAAUACAGAAAAUGCUUUAUUGGAGACAGUCAUUGUAUCAUCAGUGCACUUGUUGAUCUCCAAUACAGACAUAUGGUGGAACCGAAACCUGGAUACAGGAAUCAGACUCUUACUGGUUGGUAUCAUGCGUGAUCGUCUGAUUCAAUUCAUCUCUAAAUUGCAGUUUGCUGUGACCGUACUCUUGGCAUCAUGGACAGAGAAAAAACGUAGAAAAUCAACCACCACUUUAUGUGUACUCAACAUUGUCUUCUCUCCAUUCGUGUUGGUCUUCAUAGUUUUUUCUGCACUACUCUCUUCUCCCUUACUCCCCCUCUUCACCCUUCCUUUGUUCUUGGUGGGGUUUCCUCGACCUAUUCAGAGUUGGCCAGGAGUUGUGGGUACCACAGCCUGUGUGUGUGCUGAUACAGUGUACUACUACCAGAUGGUCCCGAGUUUGAACACUGCUCUGCAGUCUGCAAUGGCAGCUGGAAGUUUAGGUCUCCUCUUACCUGGGUCUCAUUACUUGGGCCGUUUUCAGGAUCGUUUAAUAUGGAUAAUGAUUCUAGAAUGUGGCUAUACUUAUUGCUGUAUUAACAUUAAGGGGUUAGAAUUGCAAGAGACAUCCUGUCAUACUGCUGAAGCUCAAAGAGUUGACGAAGUUUUUGAAGGUGCCUUUGAACAAGAAGAAUAUGCAAGAGUAUGUUCCAUUAAUGAACACUUUGGAAAUGUCUUGACACCCUGUACUGUUUUGCCUGUGAAACUCUAUUCUGAUGCCAGGAAUGUCCUGUCUGGCAUAAUUGAUUCCCAUGACAACUUAAAAGAAUUUAAAGGUGACCUUGUUAAAGUACUUGUGUGGAUACUUCUUCAGUACUGUUCCAGAAGGUCCAACAUGCAGGAAAAUGUUCACAAAACUGAAAAUAAAGGGAAAGCAUCUCUAAUAAUCCUGCCUCCUUUGAAUACUUCACCACAAACCAAAUCCCCAGAAGACACAGAUAGUUUAAAUUCAGAAAAUUUGGAUGACUGGUCUGAUGAUGUUUUUGGUGAAGAGCCAACUAUCAAAAAAGGAAAAGAAGAAAAAGAUCAGUUGAAAGUUUUGCCAGGUAUAAAUUUGCCUAUUCCAGGAUCAGUGGAAUCACAGAGGGUCAGUAAACAUUCUACAGGCACAGUUACUGAAAAUAGUCUUUACCAAGCAAUUGCAUUGGGAUACCCUGCUACUGACAAAGGAAAACAAGAAGCCGUGGCAUACAUCCCUCUCAUGGAGUUCAGUUGUUCUCAUUCUCACUUGUUAAGCUUACCUGAAGAGUGGAUAUCUAAUUGCUUGCCUAAUUCCAAAGUGAAGGAGAUGAGCUCAUUAUUUCCAGAAGACUGGUACCACUUUGUUUUAAGGCAGUUGGAAUGUUUUCAUUCAGAAGAAAAUGCAUCAAAUGUAGUGGAAGAAAUUGCAAAGGACAGAGUUUUAAAAGACUUUUAUGUUCAUGCAGUAAUGACUUGUUAUUUUAGUUUGUUUGGAGUAGACAAUAUGAUUCCUAGUCCUGGUCAUAUAUUGAGAGUCUACAGUGGUGUUUUCCCUUGGUCUCUUGCCUUGGAUUGGCUCGCAGAAAAGCCAGAACUGUUCCAACUAGCCCUAAAAGCUUUCAGGUAUACUCUGAAACUAAUGAUUGAUAAAGCGAGUUUAGGUCCAAUAGAAGACUUUAAAGAGCUGACUAACUGCCUAGAAGAAUAUGAAAGUGACUGGUACAUUGGUUUGGUAUCUGAUGAAAAGUGGAAGGAAGCAAUUUUACAAGAAAAACCAUACUUGUUUUCUCUGGGGUAUGAUCCUAAUAUGGGAGUUUACACUGGGAGAGUACUUACCCUUCAAGAAUUAUUGAUCCAAGUUGGGAAGUUAAAUGCUGAAGCUGUUAGAGGUCAGUGGGCCAAUCUUUCAUGGGAAUUGCUUUAUGCCACCAAUGAUGAUGAGGAACGUUAUAGUAUACAAGCUCAUCCACUACUUUUAAGAAACCUUACAGUACAAGCGGCUGAUCCUCCCCUGGGAUAUCCAAUUUAUUCUUCAAAACCUCUCCAUAUACAUUUGUUUUAG